AAAUAGCAUACAGAUGGAACUGUUUUUUAUUAACAGUGCCUUGAUAACAACGAAACAGGAACGAAAAUAUUGGAUGCUUCAAACAGAUUUUACACGCUCAUUCCACAUGACUUUGGGCUGAAGGCUCCACCACUGCUGAACAAGUCUGAAAUGAUCAAAGAAAAAACAGAUAUGCUUGACAGUUUGAUGGAUAUUGAAAUCGCGUACAACUUGCUGAAGACGAGCAGCAAAGACAAAGACCCAAUCGAUGCGCAUUAUGAUAGUCUAAAAGCAGAUAUAAAGGUCGUUGAUAAAAAGUCAGAAGAAUUUGCAAUGCUUGAGGAGUAUGUGCAGAACACACAUGCAUCAACACACCGACAUUACUCGCUCAAGCUAGAGGAGGCUUUUGAAGUCGAUCGUCAAGGAGAAAAAGCGCGAUACAGUCCAUUUAGAGAGCUGCAUAACCGUAAAUUGCUAUGGCAUGGCUCGAGGCUGAGUAACUAUGCUGGUAUCAUUUCACAAGGACUUCGUAUCGCGCCACCAGAAGCCCCAGUUACUGGCUACAUGUUUGGCAAAGGCAUCUAUUUUGCAGGUAAUUUUGUAAAUUCUUUAAAACUACAAUCCAUUGGAAAUAUCAGAACAUGUAGUCCAUUCAUAACAGAGAAAUAUCAGUCAAUAUCAAAACAGCGAAAUAUCAGUCAAUGUCAAAACAGCGAAAUAUCAGUCAAUGUCAAAACAGCGAAAUAUCAGUCAAUAUCAAAACAGCGAAUUAUCAGUCAAUAUCAAAACAGCAAAAUAUCAGUCAAUGUCAGAACAGCGAAAUAUCAGUCAAUAUCAAAACAGCGAAUUAUCAGUCAAUAUCAAAACAGCGAAAUAUCAGUCAAUGUCAUAACAGAGAAAUAUCAGUCAAUGUCAGAACAGCGAAAUAUCAGUCAAUGUCAAAACAGCGAAUUAUCAGUCAAUAUCAAAACAGCGAAAUAUCAGUCAAUGUCAGAACAGCGAAAUAUCAGUCAAUAUCAAAACAGCGAAAUAUCAGUCAAUAUCAGAACAGCGAAAUAUCAGUCAUUAUCAAAACAGCGAAAUAUCAGUCAAUAUCAAAACAGCAAAAUAUCAGUCAAUAUCAAAACAGCGAAAUAUCAGUCAAUAUCAAAACAGCGAAAUAUCAGUCAAUAUCAAAACAGCGAAAUAUCAGUCAAUAUCAGAACAGCGAAAUAUCAGUCAAUAUCAAAACAGCGAAAUAUCAGUCAAUAUCAAAACAGCGAAAUACCAGUCAAUGUCAGAACAGCGAAAUAUCAGUCAAUGUCAAAACAGCGAAUUAUCAGUCAAUAUCAAAACAGCGAAAUAUCAGUCAAUAUCAAAACAGCGAAAUAUCAGUCAAUAUCAGAACAGCGAAAUAUCAGUCAAUAUCAAAACAGCGAAAUAUCAGUCAAUAUCAAAACAGCGAAAUAUCAGUCAAUAUCAAAACAGCGAAAUAUCAGUCAAUAUCAAAACAGCGAAAUAUCAGUCAAUGUCAGAACAAAGAAAUAUCAGUCAAU